AUGUCUGAAGACAACCUAUCAGCUGUUCUUCAUGGAGUUGAUGACCUCCGUUUGGAACAGGUUCCAAUUCCGAAACCCGGACCCAAACAAGUCUUGGUCCGUGUUCAUACCGUUGGAAUAUGUGGAAGUGAUGUACAUUUUUGGACUCGUGGAGCAAUUGGGCCGUUUAUCGUUAAAGAGCCAAUGAUUGUUGGCCAUGAAACAUCAGGAGUUGUAUCCGAGAUCGGAAGUGAGGUACAACACUUGAAAGUUGGUGAUCGAAUCGCCAUGGAACCAGGAUUGUCAUGCAAACUUUGUGAGCAUUGUAAAACUGGAAGAUACAAUUUGUGUCCUGAAUCGAGAUUUUUCGCCACUCCACCAAUCAAUGGUGCCCUAUCAAGAUACGUCGUUCAUGAUGAUGACUUUUGCUUCAAGCUACCUGAUAAUCUCUCUUUCGAAGAUGGAGCUCUCAUAGAACCACUGUCAGUGGCUAUUCAUGCAUGUCGCCGUGGAAAUGUUCGAAUGGGACAUAGAGUUUUAGUCCUUGGAGCUGGCCCGAUCGGUGUUCUCAAUCUGCUAACUGCCAAAUCAGUGGGAGCUGGAAAAGUUGUUAUCACCGACCUAGACGACGGUCGUCUUUCCCUCGCCAAGAAGCUGGGAGCAGAUGCUACGAUUAAUGUAAAAGGCAAGUCGUUGGAGGCCGUAAGAGCGGAGAUCAUCAGCGCGUUGGGUGGACAGCAGCCACAUGUCUGUGUCGAGUGUACCGGUGCGCAGCCGAGUAUUGAGACGGCGAUAACGACUACCAAAUCAGGUGGAGUCAUAGUUCUUGUUGGUCUGGGAGCCGAUAGAGUUGAAAUUCCAAUUAUCGAAUCGGCCACAAGAGAGGUUGAUAUACGAGGAACCUUCAGAUAUGCUAAUUGCUACCCAACUGCCAUUGAACUUCUUAGCUCGGGGAAACUGGAUCUCUCGGGACUGACUCGUGCCCAUUACAAACUCGAAGAUACCCUGGAAGCCUUUAAGAGAAACCAAAAGGCCGAUGUCAUCAAAGUCUUUAUUCAAUGUUAA